AUGAAAGAUACAAAUCUGGUAAAAUCUACAAGCAACUUUCAGAUAAACAUAAAAACUAUAAAUGACAUAAAUAUAGAGCUAGUAACUUCUGAAAUAGAUGAAAUAUUGGAAUUAUAUAAAGAAAUAGAACCAAAUGAUGAACAGGAACUUCAAAUAUCAGUGGGCGCUUCAUUUUCGUCUUGGGAAUUGGCUAAGGCGUAUCUCAACAAUUAUGCAAAAGCUGCCAGUUUCUCUUUGCGUUGA